AAACCUUUCCUUCUCGGAUCUUUCAAUCCCUUAAAAUAAUCAUUUAAUUUAAUCAAAAUAUAGAGUAAAAGCAUGUUCAGAUUCAACAAAAGUCAUUCCUUAAAAGAAAAGAAAAGAUUCAACAAAGCCUCAGUCUCAGAUCUCUUACACAACAGGGCGAGCCCCGCAUGUCUUGAUUCUGGGUACUGGAUUUUAGGAAGAGAACACCGAGUUUAUUGGCGGAGAUAACAUCUGGGUCUCUUCUAAAAAUGCAAAAUUCCAAGCCCAGAUCUGGGCAUGCUGAAGUGCUAGCACAAGGAUCUCAUUCAUUACCUAGAUCAACGCAAGCAUCGUCUAAAUCAGUUAAGGGGUUGAACUUUCCCAUCGAGCCUCCGGAUUCGAAAGCAGCUAAGAUGUCUGAUAAAAAGCCUACAGGCAAGCAUUCUUCAUUAACGGAGAAGCAAAACAGUAGAGGUUCGGAGAUGCAGCUGCAUCAUCUUCAGGAGGAGCUGAGGAGGGCAAGGGAUGAGAGAACGAAAGCUCUAGAAGAUCUUGAGGAGUUGAGAAGCAAUAGGAAGCUGUUGGCUUUUAGCAAUAAGGAAGAGAUGGAGGUUUUGGAGAAGAAGGUGGAGAAGGCAAAAGAAUCAGAAAUGAAGAUGCUAGAAUCUUUGACCUCACAAACUAAACAACUCGAGCAGACAAAGAUAUUACUCGAAGAGGCCAAGUUAGAGAUACAUUCACUGCAAGAUAAGAUCAAAAGCUUAGAGGAGAGUUCCUUUCGCAAUAAUCUUGAGAAUGGAGGAAGACAGCGGUAUCCUUUAGAUAUUAUUCAAGCACAGGAGGAGAUCGCAAUGCUUAGGAAUGAGCUCAAGUUGGCUACGCAAGCAGAAGAGAAGAGCAAGAAGGCGAUGGAUGAUUUGGCUAUUGCACUCAAAGAAGUAACUACUGACGCCAGUCAAGUGAAGGCAAAACUCUCUAACGCCCAAUCUGAGAUAGAGAAGGCGAAACUAGAAGCUGAGCAAUCUAAAUCUUUACUUAAGAUCGUAGAUGAGAAACUGAGAUCAUCAGUGGAAGAAUCUGAAAGAUUGAGGAUGGACGCAGAGCACUAUGCUACUGAAUGGAAGGAAAAAGAGAGUCAAAUUAUGAAUUUGAUGAAGGUCACUGAAGAGGAGAGCACCAAACUGAAGCUAGAGAACAAGAAGUUGAUUGAGUCGCUUGGGGAGUCAAGGGAAGAGACUUCUAAGCUUCGGGACAUACUAAAACAAGCAGUGAAUGAAGCUACAGGGGUUAAAGAAGCCCUAGAGAUUGCUAGAAAAGAGAAUUCCCAACUCGAGGAAUUAUUGUCAGAGAAGGAGAAUUCAUUGCAAAGCAUCAAACAAGAAUACCAGCGCCUUAAAGUCAGUGAAGCCACGGCUGUUGAUAGUGUAAAGGAGUUAAAGGGAUUUCUCGCUGCGACUCCAUUUAUGGAUACCACAAGCAAACCUUCAAAAAGCUCAAGGCAUUCUCUCGGUGUAGACGAGCCAUCAGCGGAGCCAAAAAAACAGUUAUUUCCUUCACUUAGCAAUGUAUCUGAUUCUGUAAUUCCUUCAUCUGUAUACACUGAAGAUAGGAAAUCAAGUGCCAUAGAUUUCAAUCAUAUUUCUGGGGUUCAGUCAAACAGAAUAGAUUAUCUUAAUGGUUCGCCUACGAGAAAGAAGAAGAGGAAGAAUGUGCUGAAAAGAUUCGGGGAAAUGCUGAGCAGGAGGAGCUUCCAUAAGUAGAGUUCAACUCAAUUAUUGAGAGCCUUACAGGAGUAGUGCUUGCUCUGGAAAAAAGUCAGGUGGAAAAUGCUCUCAACAAGUUGAACUCAGUGGAGAAAAUAUCAACAUCACUUUCAAACCUGAUGGUACUCAUCUAGCUGUUGGAAACAAGGAUCAUUAAUCCAUUGAUCAUACCAUCUCAUCAUAUGCUUAAUCAACACAAUAAAAAGGGCGGCAAGAAGAAGGCGAUGCGAGAUUGAUGUUUUGAUGGGCUCACUAAAGUCAAAAACCAAGGACUUCAGCAUAUUUCUCUCUCUCUCUCUCUCUCUCUCUCUCUCUCUCUUUAAGAAUCUCUAUAUGAAAUUGAUUGUAAUAGACUUGUUGGUUAAGAUCUUCUAUAUAAAAUUGAUUGUAAUAGACUUUGUUGGUUAAGAUUUUCUAUAUGAAAUUGAUUAUAAUAAUUUUCGUGACUAGAAAUAGAUUAUACUUUAUAUUAGGAAUAUCUUGACAUUUACUUUAAAUUUGUUUUGGUUCUCUCA